AUGGCAAUGAUCGGGAGUAUUGAAGCUUUCAAAGGGCAGGCGGAAGAAUUUGAAUCAUAUCUCGAGAGAAUGGAACAUCUAUUCGACGUGAAUGAAGUACCAGAUGCCAAGAAAGUGUCAAUGUUAAUCACUCUUGCUGGAUCUAGUGUAUAUAAUACCAUGAAGAAUUUGGUAGCUCCAAGAAAACCCGCAGAAUUGACCUAUGUGCAGAUGACAGACCUUUUGAGGAAGCACUAUGCUCCACCAGUAUCCGAGAUUAGUGAACGAUUCGUGUUCAAUCGAUGUAAUCAACGAUUAGACCAAAGCAUAGCAGAGUACAUCGUCGAACUGAGAAAAGUAGCUAGUACGUGCAAUUUUGGCGGCCAGUUCUUAGAUGAAGCAUUGCGUGAUAGAUUCGUCUGUGGUGUCAAUUCCGAAAAUAUACAAAAGAAGCUACUCUCAGAAGCAGUGUUAACGUUUCCUCGAGCUUGCUCAUUAGCACAAGGAUGUGAGUUAGCUGACAAGCAAGUAAAAAUGUUAGCAAAUGCUAGUCCUAUCAAUUUCGUUCAAAAACAUAAACAACAUGUGACUAAGAACCAAAGUUACAGACAAAGGAUUAAGCAUCAGCCGGAUGCAGUAGUCAAAGCAGAGGUGGAUACAACAUGUAGCAAAUGCGGCAGGAUUCAUCUGAAAGAGAAGAAGUGUCCAGCAGCAAGGUGGCGAUGUUAUGCGUGUUCGAAAUUUGGUCAUGUAACCAGAUUAUGUCCGUCGAAAGCAGACGUAGUGAUGAUGGAUACGAUGAAGUCAAUAGUGAUUUACUAG